CCAGAUUCACCGCCCCUUGCCGUUGGGCGUCGUCACAGCUUUGCCUAGUCGUCCUUCUACGGCCGUGUCGUUUUUGUGUGCCCUGGAUGUUGACCGAUUCCCAUCCUCCCUCCAGACUGUCAGCUGGACCCCCACACUCCUUAUGGGUCUACUAGCUGGUUGCCCCUCUGGCCCAGAACUAUUUAAGACAUCGUCAUCCUCGGUACUCCGUAGGUAUUUCUUGAAUCAUCCUUGACGUGUUCGUAGCGUUCGUACUAGUUUGGCUUUCCCCAAUCCCGUUGUUCUUUGUCACAACUUCCGCUGUCUCCUCGUUGCUCGAACCCCUUUGUCAAUAUAAAAACGCUUCAUCGCCCUUCUCCACCAUGGCACCACAUCACGACGCCCCCUCUCCACCAAACGGCUUCACUUCCAGCACUCCCUAUUCAAUCAAUUCUCAUCCUGUUCGUUCAGUCUACGACAUGUCCCACUAUCAAGACAGAUUUGAGACGAGCUCCGUGGAGUCCAACGAUGUAGGCAUUCGUCGAUCGUUGGUUCCUGGGAUCUAUGUCCCUACUGUGGCAUUCUUCGAACCACACUCUGAGAAUGUGGAUGUUGAGGCCACUGCCAAACACGCCGUCCGUUUGGCGAAGGCUGGCGUGGCAGGAAUCACCACCCAAGGAUCCAAUGGGGAGGCCGUCCACCUGUCUCAUAAAGAAAGGAACCUUAUCACGAGGACAACCCGUAAAGCACUCGACGAUGCUGGAUACGGGUACCUACCUGUGAUCGUUGGCUGUGGCGCUCAGUCGACGAGGGAGGCCAUUGAGCUUUGCGAGGAAGCUGCCGAAUCGGGCGGAGACUACGCAUUGGUGCUUCCCCCGGCAUAUUACCAAGGCCUCUUCUCCAAGGAAACCGUCAAGGACUUCUUUCGGGAUGUCGCAACUGCUUCGCCUAUACCGAUUCUCAUCUACAACUAUCCCGGUGCCGUCUCUGGAAUGGACCUCAGCUCUGACACAAUCAUCGAGCUAGCACAGCAUGAGAAGAUCGUCGGCUGCAAGCUCACUUGCGGAAACACCGGAAAGCUCAACCGCAUAGCGGCUGCGACGCGUGCGGCGACGCUGUCCGAUCCCGGCUCCGGUUUCAUGUGCAUGGGUGGAUCGGUCGAUUUCACUCUGCAGACGUUGAUCGGUGGAGGAUCCGGUAUCAUCGGUGGGACGGCAAACAUUGCGCCCAGAGCCUGCGUGAAGCUGCUGGAAUUGUUUGAAGAGGGCAAAUUCGCGGAAGCUCGCCGGUUGCAGGCCAUCGUGGCUCGCGGCGACUGGGCCUCGAUUCAAGGCGGUGUCAUUGCCACUAAAGCCGCUUUGAUGGCUCACUUUGGUUACGGAGGUUAUUGCCGCAAGCCCCUUCCCAAGCCGAACAAGGAGGAAAUGGUCAGAUGGCGCGAGGCUUUUCAAGAGCUGGUUACACUGGAGAAUCAGCUGCAAUGAAGAGUCACUCCACAGCAUCGAACUGUUCCGACCGUCAUCUGCUCUAGGGAAGUCCGCUCAACUGCACUGAGCGCAGCCCUGUGCCUCAACGUGGCAAGU